AUGUUUCGUAAAAACAAAAGUCGUUCGAAUCUACGUCAAAGAGUAUGCUCAGAUGACGAGAAUGAAAAAGAAGACGCAGGGAAUGCGGCCACAAAAAAUGAAAACAAACCAAAAUUGUCGGAGAAUGGCUCAGCUUCAUCGCAUUCCCUGGCCACAGCCAAUAGUGAUUUAGCAAAAAAGGUUACUAAACCGCAAGCACCACCGCAUAGUCAGUCGUCUGCAUCGCCAAACACAUCGACUACAGACACACAAUUAAUACCCAAAGCGAACAGUUUGCUGAGUUUUAACGACCUAGAAGGUGAUGAUGUAAUGGACUUUAAAUUGCGCAAGAAAGACCAGAAUAAACGAAUGGAAAAAUUGGCCAAAAAAGCGAAAUCAUUACGUAAAAAGGAGUUGGAAGAAGACGACAAUGUGGAUGAAAUGCAAAAAAGCACUCAAUCACCAAAAUCUAAAUCUAAAAUCAAGCAAGAGCUGUUAGAUUACCAUAACACAUCAUCACCAUCCAAUUCAUCGAAGGUAAAUUCAGAAAGGAUCAAGGUGGAGUAUUCAUCACCACAAAGAGAUACAGAUGACGAUGUUGAAAGAACAACUCGCAGCAAAUUUUCCACCACUUUAGGUCAAAUCCCGGAUGCACAAGCAGUGUACGAGGCUCGAAAGAAGCGAGAAAAGUUGCGAAUGAGUGGUGCGAGUGGAAAUAUACCAUUGGAUGAUGUGCAGAAAUUGAAGGAUAAAUCGGUCGUACGAUCUCGUUUGAUACGCGAAGAUGAUAACGAUAUGAGUGACGAGGAUGAUGGAACCGGAAGAUUUUAUUCGUCCAAAACGCUCGUGAUAGAUGAAGAUGAACGUCGUCGUGUUGAACAAUCACACUUUUUAUCCAUUGAGCAAGGCGAUAACGAGAACGAGCAGUCUGAUGAGGAGAUAUCGAAAUGGGAAAGUGAGCAAAUGAAGAAAGGCGUUUCUUCGUACAAGGUUGAGUUACUGGAACAGGAGCGACGAAGAAUGACGGAAAUGAUGGGUGCGAUGGUGAUGCAACAGCAACAGAAUUACGGUUAUAUUAAUGAUGAGAAUAACGAACCGUUACCGAUGGAUGUCGAUAUGGAUAUCGAAUUCGAUAUGCAGCAGGGCGAUUCGAAAACUGGCAGUAAGGUGAGUGGACAUACGUCGAACGUUACGUUGGAUGGAAUUCUUUCAAAAUUACGACUGAGGAUAAACGAUCGUGACGAGGCGUUGAACGGUCGUGAGGCAGAACUGGAUAAGGUGGAGAAGAAUUUGAAAGAGAAUCGAGAAACAAUGGUGAAACUGAAGAGUGACGAGCCGAGACUGAACGAGCUGUUCACGAUGUAUCAAGAGAUCAGAGCGUUCUCGAGAGACUUGAUGGAGUGUCUCUCGGAGAAAGUCGACGAAAUCAAGCAGUUGGAAACACGAAUGUAUUCGAUAAGAUCGCAACGAUCAAACAAACUCAAGAAACGUUUUCGUCAAGACGUUCACGACGUAUACGAUGAAUGUUCUGCGUCCGCUAAUGGCAAACUGAUAAAUUCGAUUCGAAAUCAGGCAGUUAUGCAACGUGCUUCUGAACGAGAGGCGAGACGUGCUCGCCGUCGACGAAAUCGUGAGAAUACUCUGGAAGGGAUAUCGCAUGAAGAUGGUCUGAGUACGGAUGAUGAAGAGACGAAUACUGAAAUUACAGCAACACAACUUUCGAUUAAUGAAAUAACCGAGGCAUCGCGAUUGAUAUUCGUUGAUACGUUGGAUGAAUUCAGUCGAAUUGAUAAGAUCAUGUCGAGAUUUGUGGAUUGGAUCGGUUUGGAUGAGAAGUCGUUCAGUGAUGCGUACAUUCAGUUGUGUAUUCCGAAAUUGUUAUCGCCUUUUAUUCGGAUCGAAUUGAUCAGUUGGAAUCCUUUGGAGAAUGACGAUCAACUUUUACACCAAAUGAAGUGGUACGAGCAGUUGCUGACAUGCGGUUCAUCGAAUGCGGAUUUGAGUGGAGAGCAUUCGAUUAUUGUUUCGUUCAUACCGCUUUGCAUUGAAAGAAUUGUUAUUCCACGAAUAGCUGAUAUGGUGAAGGAUCAAUGGGAUCCAUUGUCGAGCAAGCAAAGCGGAAGGUUGUCCGCCUUAAUCAGUACUCUGAUUGAUGAAUGCCCGACGUUGGUACCGACGAGUCGUUCGAUUAAACGACUGUUGACGAAUAUACGAGAACGAAUUCAAGAGUCGAUCGAUGAGGAUCUCUUCGUGCCUAUUUACUCGAAACAAGCAGUGGAGAAUGCAGCAAGUGGAUGUCGUGCGUUCCUUGAUCGGCAGUUCUGGACUGCAAUCAAACUUUGUGGAUGUGUGAACAAAUUCUCAACGAUUCUAUCAGAGGACUGUCUCAAAGAGUUGGUAGUGGAUGGAAUAUUGAAGAGGAGUAUUCAGUUGGCAUUACAGUGUUCGUUGUGGAAUGAUGCAGCGAUUAUACGAAAGUGUAAAGCGAUCAUCAAGUCGAUUCCAUCGAAUUGGUGGAUCAAAUAUGAAACUGCGCUGAAGUCGUUGAUUUAUGUAAUUGUACAGAUUAAUGAUGAAUACAUUUACAGUAAAAAUAGGUUGAAUUUACUCUUCGAAAAAUUUUGGCUUCGAAAAACUUCUUUAAUGUUUCUCAAUGUUCAGUUGCAACGAAUUGGUGAUAGCGGCAAUGCCUCAUCGGAUAAACGGCAUAUCACUCGUAAGUUGGAUCAAUUACUGGCUGGAUUAAGACAGAUAUUGGAUAUCCGAUCGAAGUUGAGCGAUCAGGAUCAGGAACGAUUCGAUCAACGAAUUGAGCCGAUUCGAACUCAGAUUCAGUCCGUCGUGAAUACGUUGAAUUUGGUUUGUGCAUCCGAUGACAAUGACAACGAGAAUAGCGCAGGCGAUUUGGGUUGUUCCCCUAAAGAGGAGUUGAUAUCCGGCAAGAAUUUCAACGAUGGCCGUAAUAUUUAUGCGGAUUUAUAUGAACAACAAACCUCUGCGGCUGCUAGAGCACAAUCGGGACCAGAGCAGAUGAGAACUCAAGCACAAAUUCGAGCCGACGAAUUGCGACUAAAGGCAGAACAGGCGAGAAUGGAUGCGGAGGAAUCGAAGAGAUUAGCUGCGGAUAUACAAGAUUUGAACGAGAUAAUGAUUGAUUUAGGACAGCUUGUACAUAAUCUACUGCAGUCUCAACACGAAAUCGUCGACAGUAUUGAGGAGAACGUUGAACGAUCCAGACAUCACGUCGAGGCGGGUCAUCGCAAUCUGAAAAAGGCUCAAUCUUCGCAGUCUGCGAAAUAUCCUUUAGUGGCAGCCGCAGUCGGAAGUGUGGCGUUGGGAGGGCCAAUCGGAAUCGCUGCAGGGUCAACGAUUGCCGGGGUCUGUGCUGCAGUGGGGGGUGCGAUUGCAGGUGAGUGGUAUCGCUACUGA